AUGGAAUCAGAGAAGAACAUGGCUCAAAAUGGAGAGGAUGAGAAGAGAGAGGAGAACACAAAGAAGAAGAAGAAGCUUGGAGGAAUGAGAACAAUGCCUUUCAUCGUCGCAAACGAAAUAUGUGAUAGAUUUGCAUCAGCUGGCUCUCAUGUGAACCUGAUAUCGUACCUGACCCAAGAGCUCAACCUGUCACUGGUGAAGGCAUCCAACACUCUUACCUACUUUGGUGGCAUUAGUAGCUUCAUGCCGCUCCUUGGUGCACUAGUUGCGGACUCUUUUGCCGGCCGAUUUUGGACCAUCGUUGCCGGUUCUAUUUUUUAUCAAUUGGGCCUAGUGAGCAUCACCAUAUCAGCAAUUCUACCACAGCUCCGCCCGCCACCAUGCCCGACUCAAGAGAACUGCAUAGAAGCCUCAUCCCUCCAAUUACUUCCCCUUUACAUCUCUUUCAUCCUCACAUCCUUCGGGGCAGGUGGCAUUCGGCCUUGUGUCAUUACCUUUGCCGCCGAUCAAUUUGACAUGUCCAAAUCAAAAGUAGCCACUCGGAGCUGGAAUUUCUUCAACUGGUACUAUUUCAGCUUGAUAGUGUCAAUUCUACCAGCUCUAACUGUUGUUGUUUAUAUCCAAGACAAUGUGGAUUGGAAAUGGGGUUUUGGAAUUCCCACUGCUUCCUUUGUGGUCUCGAUUAUAGCUUUCUUGAUAGGCUCUCCUCUUUACAAGAAAGUAAAACCAGCAGGAAGUCCAUUGACAAGAUUGGCUCAGGUAAUUGUUGCUGCUGUGAGGAAAAGGAAACUAGUUGCACCAGCAGACUCCGGUCUGUUGUAUGAGAAUAGAGAGCUUGAUGCAGCCAUUUCAUCCUAUGGAAGGCUUCUACAUACAGAUGAGUUCAAGUGUCUUGAUCGAGCAGCAAUAGUAACAGAUGAGGAUACAAAAGAUUCAAAAAAACCAAAUUUAUGGAGACUCGCCACUGUCCAUCGAGUUGAGGAACUAAAGUCCAUUAUAAGGAUGUUACCAAUCUGGGGGGCCGGAAUAUUACUUGUGGCAUCGUAUUCACACCAGUAUAGCUUUCAAAUUCAACAAGCUCGUAGUAUGGAUCGCCACUUUUCUCACUCCAGCUCCUUUGAAAUUCCUCCGGCUAGCCUCUCUAUCUUCAGUAUGAUCACUGUUUUAAUUGGUAUUGCCGUAUAUGAGCGUGUUUUUGUGCCUAUUGCUCGUCGAUUUACAGGCAAUCCGGUGGGUGUUACUUGCCUACAAAGAAUGGGCAUCGGCUAUGCCAUUUGUAUUGUUGAUAGUAUUGUUUCAGCACUGGUUGAGGUCAAGAGGAAAAAAGUUGCUGCAAAAUACAACUUACUUGACAAACCAACCGCUACCAUACCCAUAAGUGUUUUUUGGAUGCUUCCACAGUAUUGCCUUGACGCUAUAGGUGAUGUUUUUCUGUCUAUUGGGCAAAUGGAAUUUCUUUAUGAUCAAACGCCGGAAAGUAUGAGAAGCACUGCACCGGCACUCUACUGGCUGGCAUUGUCGGCGGGGAAUUAUAUCGGUACAUUCAUGGUAUCAUUAAUUCACAAAUACACUGGCAAAGAAAAUAAUUGGAUACCUAAUAGGAACCUCAAUAGGGGUAGAUUGGAAAAUUACUACUUGUUUGGGGGUGGAAUACAAGUUAUAACCCUAAUAUAUUAUGUAAUAUGGGCCUGGUUUUAUACUCACAAGCCCCUAGAAGAGGUGAAGGAAGAAGAUGUGGAGUUGGCUAAAGAAGAUGUGGAGUUGGCUAAAGAAGAAGUUCAACCAAAGCAAAUCAAUGAUGUUAAUGGAAUAAGGGAAAUUGAACUUGCAAGAAUUGAGACAAGUUAA